CUGAAUCCCAACCAAAGGAACGCCAUACUGAAUACUGAUCAGCUAUUGACAUCUCCAGUUCCCUACGUUCUUGACAACAGUCUAGACAUGAAUGCCAAAGGAGUUAUCCUACGAGCUUUAGACCAGUUCAGACUGAAGACGUGCAUUAACUUCAAGCCAAGGACCUCUGAGCUGUACUACAUAACUGUUCAGAAGUUAGGCGGAUGUUUCUCGUAUAUAGGUAGAGUAAUCGCCAACGGACAAGUGUUAUCUAUUGGAAAUGGUUGUGACGAUAUGUCAGUAGUGGAGCAUGAGUUCAUGCACGCGCUUCGCUUCUAUCAUGAGCAAGCCAGAUAUGAGAGAGAUGAUUACGUGCGGAUUGUCUGGGAAAACAUAUUAAAAGGUUACGAAAGGAAUUUUGCCAAAUCAACGGUCAAUGACACCACCAACCUAGAUACUCUAUAUGACUACAUCUCAGUGAUGCACUAUGGCAAAGAUUUCUUUACCAACGGCAACGGAUCCACCAUCAUCACUCUUCAGUCCGAGUUCCAGGAUGUGAUUGGCCAACGCCUGGAAAUGAGCCCCAACGACGUCCUGAAGAUAAACAGACUCUACAGCUGCAAUAAAAGUGUUGCGUUUAUGGAAUACUGCAGUUUCUCGGAGGAGGGUAUGUGUGGGGUGAGACGCUGUUCGAGGAUUGUGGAGAACAACUGGAAUAGAGUGGCGAGCGCUGUUGGGGGUCCUUCUAGUGACCACACCAACCUGGGUACCAGCAUGAAUGGGACUGGAUUGUUCAUGUACUCCAGCACAGCUUCAGGGCAGGAGGGGGACUCGGCCUGGCUGGAGAGCAGGAGGAUGACUCCCAGCAGGCUGUGCAAUGUCCAGUGUCUGCAGUUUUACUACUACCACAGUGGGAACCAGUCAGACCAGCUCAACAUCUGGAUCCGAGAAUACCAGGAUGAGAGUGACUCCAGAGGAACGCUGCGCCUCAUGGGACAGAUCACAGGUCCAGCCUCUAACCACUGGCAGCUGCACCACGUGCCUCUGAACGCCACCAAAAGCUUCCAGGUGGAGUUUGAGGUGCGUAAAGGAGCAGGAAGUUCUACCGGAGGCUUCGCCAUCGACGACAUCAACCUGUCAGAGACCGAGUGUCCCCAUCUGACCUGGCAGAUCAGGAACUUUGAGAACCGUCUAACAACUAGCAGCCUUGGCACUUUUCUGUACAGCCCUCGACUGUACUCUAGUGAAGGAUAUGCGUACCAGAUAGUGGUUAUAUUAUCCAGGAGUUAUUUUGGCACAGCUGUCCGACUGGUGUCUGGUCAGCAUGACGACCAGCUCCAGUGGCCUUGUCCCUGGAGGCAGGUGACCUUCCAGGCUCUGGACCAGAACCCUCAGAUCCAGCUGCAGAUGUCCAAAAGGUUUAGCCUCACCACUGACCCUACAGAGACUGAGGGGGUUAAUGCAACCUUCGUAUGGGACAACCCACGUAAGGUUGGAAGACUUUACACUGACGAGAACAAUGAGCAGUUCUAUGGAAACAGUCUGUUUGGAAGACCAUUCUUCAGCAGGCUGAUUGACAUGAAAACCCAAAACUUCCUCAAGGGCGGCGAUGCCAUCAUCCUUGCAUCCUUCCAAGACAUCUCCCCUCUCCUCCAGAACAAUUCUCUUCCGUGCCCUACACUCCCACCUGUGACGUUUAGCAGCCAGACACCACAGGACCUGGACGAGGGUACAUGUGCCACACGGUUCAUUAACACCACCACUCUGCCCCCUACAACCAUUAAGACCGCUCUGCCCCCUACAACCAUUAAGACCGCUCUGCCCCCAACAACCAUUAAGACCACUCUGCCCCCUACAACCAUUAAGACCGCUCUGCCCCCUACAACCAUUAAGACCGCUCUGCCCCCAACAACCAUUAAGACCACUCUGCCCCCUACAACCAUUAAGACCGCUCUGCCCCCUACAACCAUUAAGACCGCUCUGCCCCCAACAACCAUUAAGACCACUCUGCCCCCUACAACCAUUAAGACCGCUCUGCCCCCUACAACCAUUAAGACCCCUCUGCCCCCAACAACCAUUAAGACCACUCUGCCCCCUACAACCAUUAAGACCGCUCUGCCCCCUACAACCAUUAAGACCGCUCUGCCCCCUACAACCAUUAAGACCGCUCUGCCCCCAACACCCCUUAAGACCACUCUGCCCCCUACAACCAUUAAGACCGCUCUGCCCCCUACAACCAUUAAGACCACUCUGCCCCCAACAACCAUUAAGACCACUCUGCCCCCAACAACCAUUAAGACCACUCUGCCCCCAACAACCAUUAAGACCGCUCUGCCCCCAACAACCAUUAAGACCACUCUGCCCCCUACAACCAUUAAGACCGCUCUGCCCCCUACAACCAUUAAGACCGCUCUGCCCCCUACAACCAUUAAGACCACUCUGCCCCCUACAACCAUUAAGACCGCUCUGCCCCCUACAACCAUUAAGACCGCUCUGCCCCCAACAACCAUUAAGACCACUCUGCCCCCAACAACCAUUAAGACCGCUCUGCCCCCUACAACCAUUAAGACCGCUCUGCCCCCAACAACCAUUAAGACCGCUCUGCCCCCUACAACCAUUAAGACCACUCUGCCCCCAACAACCAUUAAGACCACUCUGCCCCCUACAACCAUUAAGACCGCUCUGCCCCCUACAACCAUUAAGACCGCUCUGCCCCCAACAACCAUUAAGACCACUCUGCCCCCAACAACCAUUAAGACCACUCUGCCCCCAACAACCAUUAAGGCCACUCUGCCCCCAACAACCAUUUGUAUCUUUGGCUUCUCUCCUGGUGUGGCGUCUUCCCCUGUGCUGCUGCUACUGACUCUCCUGUUUCUGCUGACUCACUGA